AUGGGUGACCAGGCAGGACUGGUCAGCUUGGUGGCCAACACAGCCUACCUGAGAGCUCUGCAGUCUGAUAGCAACGAGCUAAGAAUGAGCCGAGAGUCUCUGACGCUGCCCACGCCAAAGAAGUUCUCUGCUCCUCGGGCAGCACUGGAGAAGACCUAUGAGUCACUUUGUGAGCAGCAGCCUAUAGGAAGGAAGUUGUUUCAGCAGUUUCUCCUGACCUCUGACCCUCAGUAUGUGGCUGUUGCUGAGUUUCUGGAGGAGCUGAACAACUGGAGCGCUGCCGAGGACGGAACCAAAGAAAAGGCCAAACAGAGGAUACUGUCAAAGUUUUGUCAGCCUCAAUCUCAGACUUUCCUCUCCUUUCUCACAGCAGAGGAUGUCAAGGCAUGCCUGUCUCUUUUCGAGAAGAACGACAAGGCAGCCGUGGAGCAGAUCAGAGAAGCAACUAGAAAAUUUCUUAAAGGAAAACCUUUCCUGGAGUACAUGAAAAGCCCCUUCUUUUACCGAUUCCUGCAGUGGAAGGAGUGCGAGAGGCAGAAGAUUACUGACAGAUAUUUUUACGAGUUCAGGAGUUUGGGCAGAGGUGGCUUUGGCGAGGUGUGUGCGGUCCAGGUCAAGCACACAGGCCAGAUGUACGCCUGCAAGAAGCUGGACAAGAAUCGUCUGAAGAAGAAAGGAGGAGAGAGGCUGGCCCUUAUGGAGAAGCAGAUCCUGGAGAAGGUCAACAGCGCCUUCAUUGUGAACCUGGCCUAUGCUUACCAAAGCAAAACCCACCUGUGUCUGGUCAUGACCCUAAUGUCUGGAGGAGACCUCAGGUUCCACAUCUAUGAGUUAGGCAAGAGAGGCAUCCGCAUGGAGCGUGUUGUUUACUACACAGCCCAGAUUGUUAGCGGUAUCCUCCACCUGCACUCGAUGGACAUCGUGUAUCGAGAUAUGAAGCCUGAGAACGUUCUGCUGGAUGCAAAGGGCCAGUGCCGACUGUCAGACCUGGGACUGGCUGUGGAGCUGCCAAAAGGAAAAAUGACUUGCCAGAGGGCUGGUACGACCGGCUACAUGGCUCCAGAGAUCCUGAAGCAGGAGUACUACCGCACAUCUGUGGACUGGUGGGCUCUGGGCUGCAGCAUUUAUGAGAUGGUGGCUGGUCGUUUGCCUUUUAAAGACUUCAGGGAAAAGGUACAGAACAGUGAGGUGAUUCGUCGAACUCUGGAGGAUGAUUGCAAGUUUGAAGACAAAAGCUUUGACGGUCCAACCAAAGAUAUCAUCAACCACUUUCUCAAGAAGAGGGUUCUGUUUCGUCUUGGGUGCCGCAGAGAUGAUGACCCGAGGACUCACACGUUUUUCAAGAAUAUCAAUUUCCACCGUCUGGAGGCAGGGCUGGUGGAGCCCCCCUGGGUGCCAAAACCUAAUGUGGUCUACUCCAAAGACUCUGAAGACUUUAGAGACAACUCUGAGAUCAAGGAUGUCAAGUUUGAUUCUAAGGACGAGAAAUUCUUCAAGGAGUUCAGCACUGGCGCGGUCUCUGUCCGCUGGCAGAGGGAAAUAAUCGACAGUGGAGUAUUUGACGAAGUGAAUAAUCCGGAAGUGAACGGACAUGGCCAAGAGAACUUGUGGACAUCUAGGAUGUGCAUCGUUUUGUGAGAUUCUGGAUUUCUUUACUUGAAAAAUUGUUAAAUUCACUCAUUGCUAUGUGUUAAAUUAAGCUGCUCGGGGAUAUUUUAGGCACUUGCCUUUUGUUCU